AUGUCGCUGCACGCGGGCGACGCCGGUCCGUCCUCGCCCGCGACGAUGGGCACACCUCCCCCUUCCUCCUCUCCAUCGUCCAAACCCGCGCCCGACGUGCGCGUCCUCCGCGUCGCGCAGGUGGACGCGGGCAGGCUCGACGACGAGCUCGUGUCGCUCCUGCGCGAGCAGUUCAACAGGGUGUUCGCGAUGGUCUUCCCCGGGGCGGUGACCAGGCGCCAGUCCGAGCUCACCCUGCUCCUGGACGCGCUCGUGUUCUACUUCACCGUGUGGUCGCACAGGCCGACGCCGGGGAUGGAGCUGAUGAACCUGCGGUACAGGGACGAGCGCCCGUCGUCGUCGUCGUCGGGUUCGUCAUCUUCAUCCCAGCGCUCGACGGGACGAACCGGCAUGGAGGGCGCCAAGCUGAGCGUCUCGCAGCGCCUCCUCUACGGCACCGCGUUCGUCGGCGGGCGGUUCGCGUGGUCCAAGCUGCGUCGGGCGAUCGGCGCGGGGCGUUGGGCGGACGAACCGGAGGGAUCGUGGCGCCGAGUCGCGUCAAGCGCCGUCAGCGCGUUAGAGGCGACGUACUCGGCUCUCGCGCUGGUAAACCUCCUCGCCUUCCUCAACCGCGGCAGGUACAGGACCCUCACGGAACGCGCGCUGCGCACUAGGCUGGUGUACGGCGAACCCCACGCGCGCAGGAUGGUGAGCUACGAGUACCUCAACAGGCAGCUGGUGUGGCGCGAGGUGAGCGAACUCGCGCUCUUCGUGCUGCCGAUGGUGUCGGCGCCGGGGCUGCGUCGCGCGGCGUCGCGGGCGUUCGGGGUUGGACCCGGGGGGGAUGGACCCGGGGGGGGUAGACUCGGGGGUGCCGAGGGGGGUGCCGAGGGGUGCCGAGGCGGGCCGUGCGUCGAGUGCGGGGGCGAACCCGCGGGGGCGAGGUACGCGUCGACGCCGUGCGGACACGCGUUUUGCUACUACUGCGCCGCGUCGAGAGCCGGGACCCGGGGGGAUCGGGGGUACACCUGCCCGCGGUGUAGGGAGCCCGUGAGGGGGAUACGACAGGUUCGCGCCGAGGGCGGGGGGCGAUGA